AUGUCAAACCCUGCCCGGAUCAAGACCAAGGAACUCUGGGGAAAGAACAAAGAUGACUUGAGGAAACAACUCGACGACCUCAAGUCAGAACUCGGCACCCUCAGAGUACAAAAGAUCGCUGGCGGUGGUUCUAGCAAACUCACAAGAAUACACGAUCUCCGCAAAUCAAUCGCAAGAACCCUUACAGUCAUCAACGCCAACCAAAGACACCAGCUCCGAAUCUUCUACAAGGGCAAGAAAUAUCUUCCUCUCGACCUUCGACCAAAGCAGACCCGAGCCAUUCGACGACGAUUGUCUGAGAAGGACGCCAAGCGAGUCACGCCAAAGCAGAAGAAGCGACAGACACAUUUUCCUCAGCGAAAGUUUGCCGUCAAGGCUGAGUAA